GGCGCCGGGCCCUCUCGGGGCCGCGCGAGGCCCGGGCGGCGGCGGCGGCGGCGGCGACGCGACGUCGCGAGGAGGAGGAGGCGGCGGGUGUUUAGGAGGCCGGCCCGCGCAUGGAGGAGGAGGCCAUGAACGGCGACCGGACCGAGAGCGACUGGCAGGGGCUGGUGAGCGAGUACCUGGUGUGUAAGAGGAAGCUGGAGAGUAAGAAGGAAGCCCUGCUGAUCCUCUCCAAGGAGCUGGACACCUGUCAACAGGAAAGGGACCAGUACAAACUCAUGGCCAAUCAGCUCCGGGAGCGCCACCAGUCACUGAAGAAGAAGUACCGAGAGCUGAUUGAUGGAGAUCCAUCACUUCCUCCUGAAAAAAGGAAACAGGCUAAUCUUGCACAACUAUUGAGAGAUUCUCAGGACCGAAACAAACAUCUGGGAGAAGAAAUUAAAGAACUUCAGCAAAGGCUUGGAGAAGUCCAGGGUGACAACAAGCUCUUGAGGAUGACGAUUGCCAAACAAAGGCUUGGAGACGAAGAAAUUGGCGUGCGACACUUUGCAGCCCAUGAGCGUGAAGACUUGGUGCAGCAGCUAGAGCGAGCUAAGGAACAGAUUGAAUCUCUGGAGCACGACCUGCAGGCUUCUGUGGACGAGCUUCAGGAUGUUAAAGAAGAACGGUCUUCCUACCAGGACAAAGUGGAGAGGCUCAACCAGGAGCUGAACCAUAUCCUGAGCGGGCACGAGAACCGCAUCAUUGACGUGGAUGCCCUGUGUAUGGAGAACAGGUACCUUCAAGAGAGAUUAAAGCAACUCCAUGAAGAGGUCAACCUCUUGAAAUCAAACAUUGCCAAAUACAAGAAUGCUCUGGAGAGACGGAAAAACUCGAAGGGCCAGGGUAAAUCCAGCAGCAGUGCUCUGACAGGAGUCCUGUCUGCAAAGCAAGUUCAGGAUCUGCUAUCUGAGGAUCAUGGAUGCAGCCUCCCAGCUACUCCGCAGUCCAUUUCUGACCUGAAAUCUCUGGCAACAGCCCUAUUGGAAACAAUCCACGAGAAAAACAUGGUCAUUCAGCACCAGAGGCAAACCAACAAAAUCCUAGGGAAUCGGGUGGCUGAGCUGGAAAAAAAAUUAAGAACUCUGGAAGUUUCUGGUUUGUGGAGUCUUCCAGGCCUGAGCUACAAUGUUUCAGUAGGAUUUGGGAGGGGCAAGGACACCAUACUGUUCAGCGACCCUACUCUUCCUAGUGGACAGAGGUCGAGAUCCCCACUACUGAAGUUUGUCGAGCAGCCCACUGAGAACAAAGCAGAUCCCAAGGAUGGGGAGGCUCAGAAGCAAGAAGGAGAUGAAAGUUGUGCCGCUGCUGAGGUGUUGACAGCGCCUGAGGAUGCUGGGAGGCCCGCUGUCAACUCCCCAGCAAAUCAGAGUCGCGGGAACCAAUGCAAGCUCUUUCAUCCUUCAUUACCCCAGUUACCUUCUGAGGAAGAAGUAAACAGCCUUGGAAGGGAAAUAAUUAAACUGACAAAGGAACAGGCAGCUGCAGAACUGGAAGAGGUCAGAAGAGAGAGUCCCAUGGAGGGUCAGAGGAGUGAGACGGGGCCAACCCCGCCAGGCCUGGCCAUCCAGGGGGAGCUCCCUAAAUCUCACCUGGACUCCUUCGAGGCCAGCCAGCCAGCAGCUGAAGCUUCCACACCGGAAGACGGCAAAGGGAUCCCAGAGGGCAGAGGCACGAGGAGCACCGUGAAAACCUGAAGGGGAGAGGGAUCUGACACAAUGACACAUUGAAAGCCCCAGAGAGGGUCAAGAAUGAAGCAUCGGAACGGCGCGCCCAAGUCGCCUUCUCCUGAAAUGCCUCCGAGUCUGCAAGUGAGAAAACGCACUGAUCCUGUUGCAAACUGUGAAUAUUCUGAUGAUGCCAGUACAGUUUGAUUUAUUAAAUGUAGGUCCUCAAGCUUCUCAGUGUCAACUCUUUUCUGCCAGAGAGCGCUACUGUGAACAGGGCCAGGCCCAGGAAUCGUGUCCACCAUAUGGCUGGUUUUCAGCAUCCGUCUUUCUGUCAGCUUUUGUUUCAUCAGAGAUAAGAUGUUUUUGUAUUAGCAUUUAAUGUUAUCAAUCAAAAUUACAGGAAGAGCUAGAAACUGAUGGGGUUUUUAAUCAGGUCCCCAUCUUGGUCAAGGUUAGGCAGCUGGAGAGGAAGGUGUAAUUGAGCAGAAUGGCUGCACCCCAUCAAAUCAGGGCCUGGUAGGACUGCCUGGCAUGGGUGUGCUUGGCAUUGUACCCACAGCACUGCUGUCAUGGUGCAGACUGGCAGGUGGAAGGGGCCUUAAGCAGGGUGAGAAGCUGGGGCCUCUGGGUUGAAAUCCACGGCCCCUGUUGAGGCCUGUGUGCUGAGUGCCAGAGCUGGAGUUUUCUAGCUUGUAAAUCUGGAGAAUUAACUGAUGUGAAGUGAUUGGGAGGGGUGAGCAUAAAAGCCGGGGAACAGGACUCCCAGUGGUGGUCUUUUUUGUGUGUGAGAUGAGAUGAGAGCUACAACCUGGAAAUGCCCAUUCUCUGCAUUCAACCUGUCUCACAUACAGGAUUGUAUGGCCAUUUCAGGUUUGGGAAAGAUCUACUUGCUGGAGCCAGUCUAGUUUCCCGCACCACCUGGAACUUCCAAACUCUUCACUCCUUCAACAGAAUGCUGAGCCUGCCUCAUUUGUGCCACCAAGUAUGGGAAUCUUAAAGACAAGAAACAGAGCUCAUGACCUUUUAUGGGAAAAAGAGAGGAAAACAAAACAACUUCACAACCGCAUGGCAAGGAGGGCCGUGGAAGGACAUGAUCCAGGGAUGGGAAAGGAGGGCGUGAUCAAUCCUAGCCGGUUCUUUCCUUUCAGAUAAAAAUUAGCUUUUCUAGGUGGCAUCCGGCACUGCAGAAAACUAAAAGAUCUUCCAGCCAUAGCUUUUUCCUUCCCUGGAAAGCCUGAGACUAGAUCCCAAAGCUCAGAAUGCCUCUGAGAACCAGAAUCACUCCUUUGAGAGGCGCUUCUUGCAGGAAAAAGAGAGGCUCCCAGAGUGGUAGCCUCUCAGUGAAAAUGCAUCCUAAAAAUUCAAUGUUUAUACCAGGCUCGUGACACUAAGAUGUGACACCUGGACACGAGGGGCCAGCCACACGGAUACAUCCCGCCCAGAUUGCAUCUCCGGGAAUCACUCCGCUAGCAGAAUGGGCGCCCCAUCCCUUACUAUGCUGCUCCUCCUCCAAGGGCAGCCCAGAAGGACCCAGGCCUUUGUCUGAUGCACACUGGGUGGGCCUCCCACUGCUUUAAUUGAAAUGGGAGCAUGCUGGAGUCAGUGUUCUGUUGCUCCUGGUGAGAAGGACAUCCCAUUGACCCCUGACCACCGGGUCCAAUGUUCCAUCCUUCCAUCUGUCCCAGCCUAUCCCCCUCCCCACCAGGCCCACCCCCACAACUUCUCCUCAAGGGAGGUUGCUCCUGCAGCUGGAGGGCUUGCACAGACCAGCAGUCACAGAAAUCAUUCUUCCUGCUGGACUGGGCCUUAACUGCCUGCAAAUGUCCAGCACUACUGCAUAGGAUGCCAGAGCCACCAAAGGAAAACACAGCCAAGUUUAAUAUAAUAAUAAUAAAAGGAAAAAUCUCAGCCUGCAGAACUCUGGUUUUGACCCACCAUCGGCAAGAUGUACAUCUUCAGGGCCUGUUCAGCACCUUCUGAAAAGUAGGGCUCAUAAUAGACUCCAGCACAUUCCAUCAGAGUCAGGAAAACUGCGGUAAGUCCCAGAGAAUCUAGGGUGCAGGGCAGGGAGCAGGAGUCAUAGAGGGUGAUAACCUAAACUGUGUGUAGUCAGCUGGGAGGGUCUUAUGUUAUUAGGUGAAAUGAGAGCCAGUAAGUUAGUUGAUCCUGUCACAGAUGUAACCACAACACCCCAUAGAUACGCGACACGUGUGUCCUGCCCCUGCUUUCCCCAUCCAACAUGGUUCUUCUGUUCCACAGACAUUAAAGGGGGUCUCUGCAAUUA